UUGUCUCAAUUCUUGAACUUCAUACAAAACAGGGUUCAUCUCCUUUGAAAAUAUUGUUCUUGAAUAUACCUUAAAGAUUGUGAAGAAUUUUACUUUAAAAUACAUGAACUUUUAACAAAUGGUAUAGAUAUAAAAGAAGCUACACAUUUGGUUCUUGUCUUUACUUUGCUGCCUCCUCCUCCUCCUCCUCUUUCAUCAUCUCUCUCAUCUCCAUCAUGCCCACAACAAAAUCACACUACCAAGCCAGCAAUCAUCAUGAGACACCACCAUCUUCUGAAAACAGCACUCUCAAAAAGCAAUUCAAAUCAUCAUCAAAAUCUCUCAACAACCCAUAAAUCAACUUGCUCUUCUUCUCAAUUCUUCAAUUUACUCUUCAUGAAUUUUUCAUCCCCACAAACCCACCACCACCAAAAACCAUGAAACCGAGAACACAUUCUCUCCAUCUCUCUCAAUUCAUCAUCUUCAUCUUCUUCUUCAUUCAAUUCCAUUCUUCUUUAUCAGCAAGAACACCAAAAUCUCUUCAACUUCUCUCACUAAUAUCACUUAAAUAUUCUCUUAAAGACCCACUUCUUUUCCUCGGUGAUUGGAACCCAAGUAGUGUGGUGAACUCAACAACUUCUAAACCACUUUGGUGUACUUGGUCUGGUAUUCAAUGUAAUAACAGAACUUCUGAAAUUGUAUCACUUGAUCUUUCUCGUAAGAGUCUUUUUGGUGUCAUCCCUUCUGAAAUCAAGUUCCUAACUCAGCUCAGAAACUUAAAUCUCAGUGGAAAUUCAUUUGAAGGAACAUUGAGUGACUCCAUUUUUGAUCUAUCUCAACUUAGAUGUCUUGAUAUUAGUCACAACUCUUUUAAUGAAAGUUUUCCCUCUGGUAUUUCAAAGUUGAAUUCCUUAACUAUUCUGAAUGCUUACAGUAAUAAUUUCACUGGUCCACUUCCAUUAGAAGUUACUAGUCUCAAAUUUCUUCAACAUCUUAAUCUUGGUGGAAGUUAUUUUGAUGGAGAAAUUCCAAAAAGUUAUGGUAGUCUCCAGAGACUAAACUUGUUACAUUUGUCAGGGAAUUCAUUACAAGGGGAAAUUCCAGCUGAGUUAGGGUCUUUGAGUGAGCUAGAACAUCUGGAGAUUGGUUACAAUAGAUAUACCAGUGGCAUUCCUUUUGAAUUAGCGAGGUGUACAAAUCUCAAGUACAUUGACAUUGCAGCAGCUAAUAUAUCAGGGAAUUUGCCUUUCGGAAUCGGGAAUCUAUCUGCUCUUGAAACAUUAUUUCUAUUUAAGAACCAAAUUUCUGGUGAAAUUCCAGAUAGUUUUUCGAAUUUACAUAAUUUGAAAUCUCUUGAUUUGUCUGACAAUCAAAUUACUGGUGGAAUUCCAUUGUGGUUAUCUUCACUGAAGGAAUUAACUCUGUUGAGUUUGUUGAGUAACAACUUAACAGGGGAAAUUCCUCCGAGAAUUGGUGAACUUCCAAAUCUUGAAACACUACUUCUCUGGAAUAAUUCAUUAUCUGGAAAUUUACCAAGAAAUCUUGGAUCAAAUUUUAAGCUGAAACUGUUGGAUGUGUCAUCAAAUUCACUUACCGGUUCAAUUCCACCGAGACUCUGUUCUGGAAAUCAACUUGGCAAACUCAUUCUGUUCUCAAACAGGUUGGAUUCUGAAAUUCCUUCUUCUCUUACCAAAUGUACUUCAUUAUACAGAUUUCGUAUUGAAGAUAAUCGGUUUAAUGGUUCGAUUCCAACGGGUUUUGGACUUUUACCUAAUUUGACGUACAUGGAUUUAAGCAUGAACUCACUUUCUGGUAAAAUACCUGAUGAUCUUGGGAAUGGGAUUAGUUUAGCAUUCUUAAACAUUUCUAAGAAUUCAUUUGGAAAUGAAUUACCAGAUAACAUUUGGAAAGCACCAAGUCUGCAGAUAUUUUCAGCUAGUUUUAGUAAUUUGAUUGGGAAAAUUCCUGACUUUAUUGGGUGUAAGAGUUUAUAUAAACUUGAUUUAGAAGGGAAUUCAUUAAAUGGUAGUAUUCCAUGGAACAUUGGUGAUUGUAAAAAACUUCUUGCUUUGAAUUUGAAAGAGAAUUCAUUAUCAGGUAUAAUUCCAUGGGAAUUAUCAAAAAUUCCAUCAAUUACUGAUGUUGAUCUUUCUCAUAAUUCUCUUACUGGUUCAAUUCCCUUGGAUUUUGAACAUUCCAGUACAUUGGAAUUCUUCAAUGUGUCGUAUAACAAUCUCACUGGUUCAAUUCCUUCAUCUGGUACUACUUUUCCAAAUCUUCAUCCUUCUUCAUUUUCAAAUAAUCAAAAUCUCUGCGGAAAAAUUCUCAACAAGCCUUGUUUAUCUGAUAACCUUCUUCAAAACCCAGAAGAUGAAAACGGGAAAUCUGGGCAACAUCACAAGAAAUCAUCACCGUCAUCCAUUGCAAUUGUAUGGAUAAUGGCCGUUGCUUUUGGUAUUGGUAUCUUCAUCUUAAUUGCUGGUUCUAGAUUUUUCCACAGCCGUAGAUUUUAUUCUUCAUCUGAUAAUCAGCAGAAUCAAAUCAAAUCUGGACCGUGGAAGUUAACCGCAUUUCAGAGAUUGAAUUAUACAGUGGAUGAUGUACUAGAGUGUUUAUCAGCAAGUGAUACGGUUAUAGGAAUGGGAUCCACUGGAACUGUAUAUAAAGCUGAAAUGCCAAAUGGGGAGAUCAUAGCAGUAAAAAAGUUAUGGGGUAAACAUAAAGAAACGGUCAGGAGAAGAAGAGGAGUAUUAGCUGAAGUUGAAGUCUUAGGAAAUGUUAGACAUCGAAAUAUCGUGAGAUUGUUAGGGUGUUGCAGUAACACUGAAUCAACAUUACUUCUGUACGAGUACAUGCCAAAUGGGAGUUUAGAUGAUUUACUGCAUGGUCCUAACAAGAAACUGAUUGGGAAUAGUAAUUAUAAUGUUAAAGAUGCAGGCAGCAACUUUGUUAAUGGUGUUGGUGAUGAUUGGGUUGUUAGAUAUAAGAUAGCAUUAGGUAUCGCCCAAGGUAUUUGUUACCUGCAUCAUGAUUGUGAUCCAGUUAUUGUUCAUCGGGAUGUCAAGCCUUGUAACAUAUUGUUGGACAGUGAGUUGGAAGCUAGAGUUGCUGAUUUUGGUGUUGCGAAACUGAUUCAAACGGAUGAAUCUAUGUCUGUCAUUGCCGGCUCUUGCGGUUAUAUUGCCCCAGAGUAUGCAUAUACAUUGCAAGUAGAUGAGAAGAGCGAUAUAUACAGUUACGGAGUAGUACUUAUGGAGAUACUGAGUGGUAAAAAAUCAGUAGAGCCGGAAUUUGGAGAAGGGAACAGCAUUGUAGAUUGGGUUAGAUCUAAAAUCAAGACUGAAGAAGGUGUUGGUCAAGUACUUGACAAAAAUGCAGGUGCAGUAUGUCAAUCAGUUCGGGAAGAAAUGAUGAUAGUUCUUAGAGUUGCAUUACUUUGUACAAGUAGCAACCCUGCUGAACGACCUUCCAUGAGAGACGUUGUUUCGAUAUUGCAUGAAGCUAAACCUCAGAGGAAAAUGCCUGGCAGCUUGAACAGCGGUAGACCUGAUAACACUGCCACUGAUGUUGGUGUUGGUAAUGGUGGUGAUGGUGUUACUGUGGGUCAGCAAUUAGGAAUAUAAAUCGGUGUUAAUAAUCUUUUAGUUUCCUGGGCUUUUUUCUCUUUUACUUUUUGUAUUUCCUUUUAAUGAUGGGGGAUUGGUAUAGCAGUAGAGUUGUUUUCUCUUCUCUUCUCUUCUCGUUUUUUUUUUCCUGUCCUUUUUAAAUCUUGUAUGCGAGUCUUGAGUUAUUUUGUGGCCUGAAUGACUGAAUAUAUGAUUUUAAAUUGUGGAAAAA